AUCUAAGCUUCUUCUUCGGCGAAUCGACGAAGGGACGAGGCAACCAGACUUCUUCUCUCGGCCAUAGCCGGCAGAUUUGAGAGGUUCAGUGAUGGUGUGGAGAAGAAGCUAAUCUCCAGGAUUCCUAUGAUAAUCGGUGUUUUGCGUGACGGUUUGGAGAAAAAUCCGAUCUCCAGGUUCCGUACUGCAAUUGGAUUUCAGGUGACGGUUCUUUCUGGGAUUAGUUUGUUAACUCUGUUUUCUUCCUUUCAUGGUUUCGUUCUCAUUCUUUCUUCUUUUGGAGGGUUUCUUCGUCCCCUUUCCGAGGAGGUUGGGUCACCGAGGUAUAUUACAAGGAUUCCGAUGGUAAUUGAUGUUCUGCCGUGCCUUAUCCGUAACCUUAUGAACGAGCAAAAGCGAGCGAUGGGUGGCCGAUAUGUCAACGGAGUUUUUGUCAACUUCCUAUUCCACUGCAGGUUCCUUAUUCUAUAUAGAAAUUGACAGUGAAACAGAAAAGAAAAGUAACGAAAUACAAACUAUGGACACGAUGCCUGAAGAGCUGGGCUUCGCCAAACAGUUGGUUGGGAUUUUCCGCCAUUAGUCAGGUCAUCACUGAGUGCUCUGAAAUACAGUUCUUCAUGGAACUCCUGGUGGUUGGUGCUUAGAGCUACCAAAGCUACAAGCUAUCCUUCUGAGCUUGGCUGGGUAAUGAUAUCUUGGAGUUUCAAGAAGAUGUUAGCAAGUUUGACAGUUGCCUUCCAACGGCUGCUCUUUAUCUCAAGCAAUGAUUGACAACAACUAUUUUGAUUCGUGC